AUGAUAAAAUUAGUCAGAAAUACUUUUGGUUCUCAGAAAUAUUUGACAGAUAUGUCUGGCAACCAGAUUGACUGGAAUUUUUUAGUAAAACUGGUUGAUAUACAAAGUUCUCAGGGAUUACACUUAGCUACAAAAAUAAGGCCCAGACACCUCCAGUGGGCAAGGGAGAAAAUGAAGGUGAAGAUUGCGACUCAAACGCUGAGUAAGAGUGUAGCAGAUGCGUUGUUAUACUUGGGAGAAGACUUAAAAUUACCAUCUUUCAAAGAUAUUAAAGCAACGUCUAUUUUUGUACAGAUGUUUAACGAUCUAUUCGACGUUUUCAAUUCCCGGAACAGAUUUGCAAAAUAUUUGUACAGGAGGCCUUUAUCCCCCUCUACCGCCCACACUUUCUUCCAGUUUUUAGAUCAAGUAACCAUUUAUAUCUCAAAUUUAAAGCUUGCUGACGUUGCAGUUUUAAAUUCACCAAGAAAAACUGGAUUUUUGGGAUUCUUGAUUUGUAUCCAAAGUCUUAGGGGGUUGUAUAGCACCUAUGUAGAGAAACUGAAAUAUAUGAAAUACAUAUUGACAAACAAAUUAUCCCAAGAUCAUCUUGAAUUAUUCUUUGGUGCGAUUCGGGGUAAAGGAGGCUUCAAUAACAGUCCUUCAGCAAGACAUUUUGAAGCCGCAUAUAAACGAUUACUUGUACACACGGAGAUUUCAGGUCCAUCGACGGGAAACAUAUCUCAUUCAGAAAAUCUGACAAUUUUAUCCUGCGGUAGUGGACAACAGGUUACAGUAGAUGAACACGGGGAAAAUUUAUUAAACAGUAAAGAAUUCAUUGAUUUUAAAGAUGCUGUGAGUGAAGACAUAUCAAAAUAUAGUUUUUCUUCAUCUGCUUGGGACUUAACAAUAUAUGCUGAAAAAAAAGUUUUGAAGAAAUGUGUCACAUGUUCACAGUGCUGCAGUCUUUUGGAGGGUGAUAUUGUCAUUUCUAAACUACAACAAAGAAAACAGUAUGGCUCUUUAGUUAAUGCCUCAAAAGUUGUAAUUGAAAUUUGUUCUGCAGCCGAAAAGUACUUCAGAUUUUUUCAUAAAACUACGAAUAUAUUCAAUAAAAACAUAAAAAACUUGAUAGAUAUUUUAAUACUAAACACACUGAAAACAUUAUCACCAAAAAUAUUACAGAAUUUUGAAAAUCACCUAUAUGAUUACGAUCCGCUAGAUGGACAUGUGAUGCGCCUGAUAAAACUUAUAUUGUGUAAUUAUUUUAAUUUAAGAAUACACCAUGAAGCGACAAAACAACAAGAAUUAUCAAAAACACUCAAAAUAAGAAGCAUUUUCACAAAAACUAUUUUGUUUAAACAUCAGUGAGCUUUAUUCAGUCAGUUCACAAUGAUAGGCCUGUCCAAAAACAAUAAUAUCGAAUCCUGCCUAUUUGAAUUCAUUUAGCUGUCAAUAAAAACAUUCAUUAUGUACAAUUUAAAUAGAAUUACCGACGCUCGGUUACUCUCAAAAGAAAUUUUAAUUUAUAUUACGUUUGCUGCCUCACAAUAUGAAUUGUCUUGUUUUCUUGAUUAGGUUGAAUCAAAAAUUUUAAACAAACACUUUUUCCCCAGAAUUUCUCAACAGCUAUCAGAGUAUCGUAAUCGCGAAACAUUUCGAAAAUUAGAUAUCAUGUUUUCUGUAUAAUACGAUAUGGACAUCACGAAAAAUCAUUUCACUCAUUUCGUUCGGCCUGUCCUCUAUUCCUUGGCUCGUCUAACUAUAACUUCACACAAGGUUGCUACUAUGGCAAGGACGAAGAUCUGUACUUUUUGAAAAUCGGUCCAAUGGCAAUGAAUUUAACGGCAAAAAAUGAAAAAUCAAACAAAAAUCGCUUAAUUUUCGUUUUGACGUUUAAGUUGAGGAACAUAAUCCUUUAUAAACUAAUGACUCUGCACUGACUCAACCUGCUUGAUGCCAUUUUUUUAUUGUCAACUCUGUCAGCCACCAGCUGUUUAUUUGUUGUAAAUUGGGGCUUCUAGAUAAUGUACGAUAAUUGUUUGUUUUGCUUAAGAUUUAUUUAGCAUGAUUGCUACAAUUACAUUCGUCUAAAAAAUUAAACAAUUACAUAACAUUAUAAACUAUUUUCUAGGAAUAGGUACCAAAACUAUGAGAAGCUCUAUAAAAGUAAUUUGUUUUUUUUAUUGGCA